GGGAUUUCUAUGGAGACUAGCAGGAAGGGAGCUAGUAUCAAGUCAAGGGGGAUAAUAUCAAGUCAUAGCCAGUUAUUGUCAUUAGUUUUGUGUACUAAUGCGUAAAAAACUAGGUUGUGGCUCGUCCAACUAUUUUAAGUAAUUUUUAGGCCCUCGUGGUCAAAUAAGUUUGACAUCACUGAUCUAGAGCCACGGAUAGGCAUAGGGCACAUGUUGUUAAUUCAUGUUCAAGUUGACGAGCUGGCCCCAUAGUAAGGCUAGCCCCUUUUUUACGGUUUGAAGCUCAGUAUUCGGCUAAACUGAUAUUACUGCCUGUAAAGAAGUAAUAAAGACAUUGCUUUACACUGCCGAGUUAUUAGUUUGUAUAUUGCUCAAAAUGUGUUGAAGUUAACUUCUACACCACCCGAGCGGAAUCAUUAAUGCUGUGUCGUAUCGGAUUGAACAAAGAACUAAAGAACAAGAAAGUGUUUCAUCGCAACUUCAAAUGCGAACUCUUUUUGUCCUGCUCGAUAGUAACAAUGGCCCGCUUAGACCUAUGUCUACCACCGUCUACUAGUGCUCUCAACUCUUUCUCUCGCUCUUUCUCUCUUGAUAUCAUAAUCCCUCACUUGUACUCUUCGCUCGCUAAUGAGCUGUACUCUUGAUAGAGGGUAUGAUUUUGCAGUCACCACGUAAAGACCGUAGAGACUCGUAGAUGCACGUGAUUCAAAGUGCAAAAGAUGACGGUCCGAUGAGCACGUGGGACGCGGAUUGUUUGGGAAGCACAAUGCAAAUAAGACCCGCACCACGUGCCAUUCAAGUUCCGCCCGAGUGUAAUCGUAUCGGAUGUGUUGUCGUAGGCCUCGCUAACUAGUUUCUUCAAUUGUUAUAGCAAGCUCCCUCUUCAACUAGCAAUAAUAGGCUCCAAAGCCUCUUUAAAUCUCAUAGUAACUACAAUAACAACAACAACUAUUUGAUUAAAACAAAAUCAAUACACCGCAAACACGGGCUACCCGAAAGCAAAUGAUCGUCAUCACAAUGAUGGCCCCCCUGAAUGUCAACUGGGCUUAAGUAUCGGCGCUUUCAAAAGAAGCGGACCCACAAACACAGAUUAUUAUUUGCAUAUCAUUUACAUGCGCUUGCGUUGCUCGACUGAACUUUCGCCUAAAAAGAAAAAGACUCACACACACACACUUUCCAUUCUAUGUUAGUUUUAUGACGACCCAAAGCCAAGCCAAGGCAGAAGUAAUUGCGCCGCCGGUCGCAUCUUUCAUCUCGUCCGCCAGCCGACGCUAGCAGAACUAAAGACCUCCGGGGGAGCUCCGUGCUCCCCGGCAUGACGAUCCCCGGGAUUCCCUUUGAGAAUGGGGCAGCGGCUGGAGGUAGUAAUUGCGGAGGCACACGAAGAACUUACAACUAAUGCUUUUCGCCUCGUCUCGGCUAUUGGGUCGUCGGCAGCAAAGCGAUGUCUCGAUCGCGCGACAUUACGCCGGCCACAACUGGAGCAUGACCGGAAGUCAAUCCGGCAGGGCGGCGACGCUUCUAGGCUACUGGAGCGUCUUGGUUCAGUGCACCCGAGCGGGGCGCAGGGCCUAAUCCUGCUAGCGAGCCCUAGAGCGUUUUUGGAGCCUCGCGCUUGGGCCACGAUCAGUCGCGCGCUAUCUGUCGCCCAAUGAAGUCUGCCGUGUGCGCGUAAAGUGUCCUUUCCGGUGUAAGUGUCCUCAGCCACGUGCGGUGGAAAAGAUGGCCUCGCUGGCAAGGUUCAGUGUGGCGCUGGUGCUGACGGUAGUGGUGCUCGUACGGGGCGCGCAUGGCGUCAGUGGAAUAUACGUGAACAAUCACAAAAUUGACAAGUUUGAGGCGGACCGUGUGAAGCUGCUGCGUCCAGCCUCCGACGGCCACUCGUCCCCGGGCUACGUGAGCAAGAGCGAGCUGCUCACGAAAGAUAACUUUACCAGCGUGCAGCAGUACUACCAGUAUCUGGUGGGCGAGGACCCGGUGAAGUAUAUUGAUCUGCUGUGGGGUAAAAACAAGACCCAGCUUCCCUCCAUCUUUCGCAUCGGUAGUGGCGCAGGCUCAGCGUCUGUACCGUUUGCAACGACCCGGGCACCGGCAACUUCGGCCAGCAACGUAACGAAGAAUACCGUUCAGUACUUCGACGAUCAAUCUACAAUCAAAAACACACUCAAUAACACGAACCUGGCAUACUUUGGUGACUACCAGCUACCUCCGGCGACUCCUCCAUCAACCGGUGUAGGCGCGACAGUGCCACAGCUGCAAUCAUUUUCCACUACCCGCACACCAACAGGUCCUAGCAGAAGGCGUAGAAAGAAGAAACCAACUCCGGCUCCCGUGCCACCCGCAGCAGCACUCGGUGUGAGUGGACCGACCACCGCCGACCUAACCAAAGCCCAACUAACGCCAGAAACGCUGUCCCUGUUAAGCCGCUACUACUCCUUCAGCUGCACGCUAACUCCUGUGCAACCGAUGCCCUCCACAGCUACGCCAACUCCUCUGCCGCCGGUCCAAAGUACAACGCGCCGCACUAAAACACGCUACCUAACGACCAAACCCACGGCCAAGACUACAACCAAGCGUCCCCAGACAACCACAGUUCCAACCAACGUGAAACAGCGGAAGCCCGUCGUCUACGUCGAACCGCCGGUGAUAAAGCGCAUCGGCGGUGUGCUCGAGUCGGUGUACACGUUCAUGGAGAACGCGCUCACCAGCACGGAGUACGUGGAGGACUCGGAGGAGACGCGGGCAGCGAAGGUUCGCCCCUUGCGCGACGCCUCCGCGAGCCCCAAGGUGAAGCGCAACACCUACACGAAGGUGUCGGCAAGUGAGCCCGACUUUGUGGCCAGCAACUCGGGCGAGGGCGAUAGUGCAUCCCGCUCCACCGCGCCCGGGGCCGAUCAGACGUGGCUCCCGUUGGCGUCCUCCGAGGGUGCGGCGCCCCCCGUUACGAAGCACUUUACGCCGAAGCUGGUCACCAUUUCCGGGCUGCCGUCGACGAUCAGCACGGACGGCAACAAGAACAAGAUGACGACCAACAUACAGGUGACGAGCGAGUACACGGCGGCGACUCCACCGACCGUGACGCUCGGGAGGCCGACGCCGGACGCGAGCAGUGCGGAGUACGACGACGACAGCAGCGAGUCGGAGGAGGAGUACUUUGAAGACUUUGGAGCGUUCGAAGAGACGGACGAUGAGGAUGAUGAGGAGGAGGACGAAGAGGAUGACGAGAAUGGAGAGCAGUACGGGGGUGGUAGCAGUGAGUCGGUACGCCCGAACCGUCAGACAGCCCUGUCCAACGAUAAGGACUACGAGGAAGCAGGCACACACGUGGAGCGCCCGGUGCGCAUUAAGCGGGUGAAGAAGCGGCGGCGCAAGAAGCGUCCAGCUGUCACGAGCUACGAGGAUACGGCGGAGUACAGCGACGAGGACUCGUCGGAUGAGGCGGACGAUGAGUACGAGGAGCGGGACGAAUCGGUUGGGGAGGAUGACGACGAUGAGGAGGACUACGAGUCAGGUGAGUCACCGGACGGAGCGGAAGGUUUCUUCAGCCGGAUGUUCUCCACGUUCGGGCGGUUCGUGAGGUCGCUCGGGUUGGGCGGGGCUGCUCGAGGAUCUCCCGACGACUAUGAGGAGUACGGGGGAGCGCGCAGUACGACACCGCGGGUGCAGGGGGUGCGUCGGCGCCCCACACGCAGUACCGCGGACGUUCCAGACUAUCCUGGGGCGGUGGUCCAAACACCUGAGAGGAGUCCAGUGGGUUGGUUGGGUUUACCUGGAGCUUAUCUGACAAAUGAGCUGGAGGAGGAGGAACUUGCGCCAACGCUGGAGUUGCCCGUAGAACCUUCGCCCACCAGCUCCGGGUGGUUUGAUCUUAUGAUGCCUUGGGACUUUUUCAAUCCCUGGACGUCUGAUGAGUCAACAGACCAGGAAGUGAUCCCUGAAGCGCAAACUGUGCCAGCGGUGACUCCUCCACAGGUGGUAGUGACUCCAUCACCUUCCGCCCCAAUGUCGGGCUGGUUGUCACAGUUCUUCGGUACGGCAAGCACGACCACGCCGCCUCCUUCCACGACCACUCUGCCCAAGCCGGAGCAGAUACUGUCGGUGUUGGCGCAGUACGUCGCCCAGUCUGCCACCACCAAGCGUCCACUAGCAGCAGCCCCCUCGAAGCGACCCUCGCGCACGGUAUCCUACGCCAACUACCAGCUGUGGCGCAUCUUCGCACAAACCGCGGAACAGCUGCAGCGCCUGGAAGACUAUCGACAAUCGCCCGACGGCUUACGCCUCCAGUGGUGGACCCAUCCCUCCCUGCACCGGCCCACCGAUGUGCUAGUGCCGCCGGGCGCCCUGGCCGACUCGCUGCGCGAAUAUCUCGACGAGGAGGGUCUGCGCCACGAACCGACCAUCCGUGACGUCGGGCAGGCGAUCGCGUACGAAAACCCGGCCAUGACGCGGCGCGAACAGCUCGAGCUGGAGCUGCACCAGGGCCAUCCACUGACCUGGUACCGGUACCAUCGGUACGCCGACAUCGUCAAGUUCCUGUACCACCUGCAGCGGCGCCACCCGGAGCAGGUGCAGCUCCUCCACAUCGGUCGCUCGUACGAGGGACGGCCGAUUACGGUGGCGCGCGUUUCGUUCCAUAGCGGCCCGAAGCGUCCGAAGCGGGCCAAAAAGCGACCGGCCGUGUUUGUGGAGGCGGGUGCGCACGGCCACGAAUGGAUCGGCCCGUCGGUGGCGACCUGGCUGCUGCACCGUUUGCUGGAGCUGCCCCAAGCCGAGCCGAGCAAUGGGACGUCGCCCGGGGAGGCGCGCACCAUCCAGUCGUACGAUUGGUACGUCCUGCCGGUGCUCAAUCCGGACGGGUACGAGUACAGCCACCGGUACGAUCGGCUGUGGUCGAAGAACCGCUCCAACCACACCCAGGCGCACCCGGCCGGCGUUGGGCAGGUCCUACUCUCCAGCGCGAUCAGCUGGUGGAACGCCGACAAGGACCCGACCGGCGAGGGAUGCUACGGCGUCGACCUGAACCGCAACUGGGCGUACCGUUGGCCGCAGGCCGUGCAUCCCGGCCAGUGCAGCGACAACCACGCCGGCGCCGAGCCCUUCUCCGAGCCGGAGACACGGGCGGUGCGCGACUUCCUGCUGGCGCGCCGGCGCCACGUCCGCCUCUACCUGUCGCUGCAGGCGUACGGCCAGCUGCUCGCCUACCCCGAGCUGGAGCGGGCCGACGAUCCACCGUACGGGCCGGACCCGCCCGGCGACGUGCACGAGAUGGGCCAGGCCGGGCUGGACGCGCUGCGUGCCGAGCCGGGCGAGUUCCUGUACGCGCUCGAGCCGGUGACCGGGCCGGCCACGUACGGCACGGCGACGGGCUAUGCGCGGUACGGGGCCGGCAUCCGGUACAGCUACACGCUGCGGCUACCGGACCGGGGGACGCACGGGUUCUUGCUGCCCCCGUCCAACAUCGUGCCGAUCGGGCGGGACACCCUCGAGCUGCUGCGCGGCAUGCUCGACUACAAUUAGCUGGCGAAAGGGGAAAAAAGGGAGUUAAUUUAUUUCUUUUUUUUUAAUAGUUUUACUUUGAGCUUCUGUCCGCUUUCCGCUCCGAUCGUUCUGUAGCUUGACGUACAGAUGGCGCUUGCAGCGCGUGCGAGAAAUUCAAAACGAACGUUAAACAGGUGGACGCACCUCACACAAAUCAUAUUGGUUGAAUAGUGAGCAAUGAGAAAUUCUCUUUUUCGAUAUUUUUGCUUAGUGUUAGCAAUUGGCCUACGAUUGCCUCUGCCGAAUUAAGUAGUUGCUGAGCUGCUCAGAGAUCAGCGUCGUGAAACCUCGGCUAUUUAAGUAAAACUUUAGCUAUUUAAGUAAAUAGGUACAUUAAACACCGCAUAACACGGGAACGGACAAUUGGUACAUUGGUAGAUUUUAUUUAUUCACAUUUCAAAGAAAUGUUUUUCUCUCUCUCUCUCUCUCUCUCUCUCUCUCUCUCUCUCUCUAUCUCUCUCUCUCUGUUUAAAAAUAGGGCAUAUUAUUUUAAUGGAAACCGUUUAGCACUAAUUAAAACGUUUUCCCACCCACAUGAUGUUUACGAUUUUCUAUAAACAAGAACACACACACACACACAUACAUACACAACCACAUCCGAAAAUGGAAAACACCUGACUCAUCCUCACGCUCUCCCUACCUGAGCAGUGCACAGUGGAAGUAGACCGGAAUGAAAAGAAAUUUUAUUUUAUUUUUAAAUUUCGUUGCCGUUAUUUUUUUUUUCUUUAAAAAAUAUACUAUUAC